GAAGUUUAGAGCUUCAUUACACAACUUUACCUAAUACCAAGAUGCUUUUGUUGUCACUUUUAAUAACUAUAUACAUGAGCAUUGCUUUGGCGGACAAGUCUGAUGUUUUGAAGGACUUGUGUUCUAUCAUACUAGAAAACAAUCCUGCUGGUUCUAAUCUCACUAUUAGUGUUAAUAAGAAAGGAGAAAUAAUUAUGACUAGUGAUACAUUUGCUAAUGCUUCCACCGCAUUUAAUAUCGAGGAGUUGAAGAAGAAAGGAGGUUUUGGUGGAUACAUGUUGAGCAAUUACGGUAUAUUACCAAAAUUUAUCUACUCAACUAAUCAAAGUCAAAUAGAAGAUGAAUACGGCGAGAAGUUGUAUAAACAUACCAUUACCAAUAAUACUGUAUCGGAAGAUGAUAUUAUGAGCUGCGUGGAUAACUUGUUAGCUGCUACAAAUGAUGGAUAUGACAUUGCCUUGAUACCUGCUGAUAGCGAAGGAAAUAGACAGCUUAUAAGAGAGUAGAGGUAUAUUUCUACUAUAUAUUUACAAAUAAGAACAUUAGAUAUUGAACAGCGAUUCUUUUAUUCUCAUGUUGUAAUGCUGCUUGAGACUAUCUCGUACAAAAAGGCUAACUAGCCUUAAAGCCAAU